CGAAUCACUUACGUGCGUUAUGAAUGAGGCGCAGUUUACAACGCACGGUUUACAAUCCCAUUGAAUGGAAAUUACGUCCUCACUAUUUUUGUCGUGUCAACUUGGCCAAAAAUUAGAUGUUUUAGGUUACUACUUGAUGUAUGCGUUUUUUGAUAACUUUCAGUUACCGAAACUAGAUUACUAGCUGCAUUUCGGCCAUUUAACCUUUACAUUUUGGUCAGUCAUAGCUGUUACAGAGAAGUGGGAGAGCCAGAAAAGAAGACUACAGAAGAUUAUAAAUCAGCAACAUGUCGGGUAUCGCGAUCACACGACUUUCUGAGGAGCGAAAAGCAUGGAGAAAAGACCAUCCUUUUGGUUUUGUAGCAAAGCCAACUAAGAAUGCUGAUGGUACAUUAAACCUCAUGAACUGGGAGUGUGCAAUUCCAGGGAAGCACUCCACACCAUGGGAAGAGGGAUUGUACAGGCUGAGAAUGAUUUUCAAGGAUGAUUACCCGACAUCACCUCCCAAAUGUAAAUUUGACCCUCCAUUGUUCCAUCCGAAUGUGUACCCAUCAGGCACAGUGUGCCUCUCUCUACUGGACGAGGAUAAAGAUUGGAGACCAGCUGUAACGAUUAAACAGAUUUUGAUUGGCAUCCAGGAUUUACUCAACGACCCUAACAUCAAUGACCCAGCCCAGGCAGAAGCAUACACAAUAUAUUCACAAAACAGGAUGCAAUAUGAGAAGAAAGUGAAGGAGCAGGCCAGGAGAUGUGCUCCUACAAAGGAAAACCACCACCAGUCAAACAGCAAGGCGUAGGCCCGGCCACACCCCCUCGGCCUCCGCCCAACAAUAGGGAGCAACCAGCUAAUGAGCAAGAUGAACUAUCCCUACUGUCACACACAGAGAUAGAGAAAAGCCAAAUCACGAGUAUAUGGACUUCUUUUUACAAUUUUGAGGAUGGCUGCUGCAAAUUGAGCUUGUUUGAGCGUUUAGUGAAUGAACUACUACAGAUGGAAGCGAGGAGAAAUUCAUACGUGAGAAUCUAGCUGCACUGUGAAUGUGAAACCCUAAUGUUUUCUUCAGUUUCAGCCCUUUAAUAGUUGAUGUCAUUGAGUGUAGUGUAUUUAAGUAGAGAUUGUUCCCAUUGCUGCUGCAGUUCACCUGCUACGCUCGUUGCCUUUGAUGAUGUACAAAUAAUUAAUGUUUGCAUGUGCAUUAGUGAGCAUACACUGCACGUAGGUCGAGUUACAAUCAACAACUCUCGUUCAUUAAUCCUGCUCAUUGUGACUUUACAGAGUGCAGUGCAUAUCACUAAUGCACAAGGAUUCUUUUAUAAAAAUGGGGGGCAAUUUGAAUAUAGAGUCAAGAAAUAAGCAACAAACCUGAUCAGAAUGCCAAGUGUCGCACAGUCAUCGAGGCGGCCGAUUGCUUUUAUUGAAUGACCAUCACAUAAGUGCAGCUCAACGGUCAAAUGCACGUCUCAGUGUGCACAUCUUUGUCCUUGCCAUUUGAAACUCUGUGCAUCUCAUUGUUUCUUAAUUUUUUACGUGCCAAAGAUACGCAUAUGCGCAUCUCAGCCAUGCACUUUCACUUCCAUGGGUUAUCACUUUUUGACGAGAACUUUUUUGCAUGGCAGGCUUGGUAGGAGAGAAUGAUGUACAUUCACUUCGUUUCAUUUAACCAAGGAUAUUACCUACAUUCUGGAACCUGUAUUAUAAUGCGUAAUUUAAGCCUUUACAAUCAAUAUCAUCAUGCAUUCUGUAGAUACCAGAGUCAAUUGCAUUGGAUUGUGAUAAGCUUAGAAGAAUAUGAGCUUGGCAUCUAGUUCAUUCUGUCACUGUUAUCAUUGGUAGGACACAGAGGCUCUUUGCUUAGUAGUCAAAUCAGUUUGCCCUAAAGAAAACAAAAGUAUGAAUAUACCCCGUUGGACCAGUUGAUUUACCUAAAAGCUCUU